CUAAUCUUAUAAUUAAAACUAACAGCAAUACUGAUGGAUAAACUGAGAUCAUUCAUAUUUUUUUCUCUCUCGCAGGAUUUUAGCAUGACGGAACUUUACUUAUAACACUACUCUGAUUAAAGACUCUCUAGUGUAGAUAUAUCAACCUCUCACUUCCAUAAUUCGAGGGUCAGAAAAAAGCUGUACUCUGAUUGGAUUUUCGUGCGUCGAGUAUCGCGUCAGCGCGUUGCUCUGCUGGUGAGUUUACAUUUGGUUACCAUGGUGAUUAAACUCACGAAACAAUACUCUCUCCUCUUCAAAUAUGUCCGAGCAUCCAAACAGUCAGGCACGAACAGAAAAUUAUUGUUACUGUUAUCAAUUGUUGGUUAAAGUUCUAUUUGAUAAAGGUAAUGGCAAACGACAUUAUCAGCAACGGUCGUUUACACGAAAACACAGUUGUACAACGAGCAAGAAACGACAGAAGUAAACGAGCACCAGAUAUAGCAGCUAUAGAGAGUCGUAAUUGGUUGUUACAUCGACAUUACACAAGACACGAGUACAGCGCUUGCAAGCUACUCAUCGAACAAGAAUUAACAAAAUCGAAUGGUCACGAAUACGCUAAUUAUUUGAAGGGUUUAAUUUUUAGAAAAGAGGGCAAGAUUCAAGAUUCCUUGGAUUGCUUUCAGACAGCAUACAAUGUCAAUUCGACAAAUAUUGAUAAUGUUAAACAGAUAGCAAAAUCAUUAUUAAUCAUGGGAAGUCACAAACGUGCAAUAGACGCUUAUAUGGAAGCUGAGAAGAUAUCUGUUUUACCUGAUUGGGAAAUAUAUCAUGGUCUCGGCGAAGCUUACGUGAAAUCGAAUCAAUCUCAAGAAGGCAGAAAGCAUUUCAAAAGAUCAACGGAAUUAACCAAAAACGAAUUACCGAAUAUCGAUCUCGCGAGACUCUAUCUCUCAGAUGAUAUGAUUCCAGAGGCCAGAAACGCUUAUACAACAACUUUGAACGGAAAUCCUCAGAGCAUCGAUGCAGCGACAGAACUGGGUCUCUUGUAUCUUAGAAUUGGAGACACACAACGGGCAUUUCAACAAUUUGGAGCAGCUUUGGCUCAUUCGCCUAAUUGCGUCAAGGCAAUUUUACCUAUGGCUUACGUAAUGCAGAAUCAUCGAGAAUACGAUGUGGCCUUAUCGAAAUAUAAAAUUGCAGCACAAACCAUUCCAGAAUCUUCGAUUCUUUGGAACAACAUCGGAAUGUGUCUUUACGCAAAACAAAAAUAUGUUGCGGCUAUUAGCUCGUUGAAACGAGCACAUUAUUUGAGUCCGAUGUCUUGUAUUCCAUCGUGCAACUUGGGAAUUGUUUUUCUUACCACUGGGCAGCCUGCAUCAGCCGCGAUUUAUCUGUGUGCUGCAGUCAGUGCUGAACCAAAGAAUUCUAUGCCGUAUCUAUUAUUGGGUUCGUUUUACCCUAAGAGGAUAACAUACCGACAGAAUACUGUAAUAUACUCAGCCCUCGUUAGAUGACAGCUGCGUCGAGCAGUGCCGAGUGAUACAAAAGAAGACUUCUGUUAGAUUAAAGAGUUCUACAAGAUAUUUCUCUGCAAAGCUGUAAUAAAAAUAUAUCGAAUAAGGAUAAGGUGAAUAUCUGAAUAUCCCAAUUAAUGACAAAGUAAGUUUUGUGAAAGUAAUAGAUGUUAUUUAAAGAAAUAAAAUAAUUAUUCAAUUUUUAAAAAUUAAAAAUAUUUAAAAUAUUAUUAUACUUACAAAUUCGUAGCGAUUAAUACACAACAAAAUCAUCAAGUAUACUAAACUGACGCUCGCAAAGUGACAGCAUUUUAUACCACUGCACAGUGGGCCAGGAGAGCCGAAUAUGUGGCCAAAAAGGCCACGAAUAAACUUUUAAAUUUUUAUAAAUAAUUUAUGUCAUAAUAUUGUAGAGAUUUUAAAGUAGUUGUGACACAAUUUGUAUAAUGUGUACUAAUCCAUGUUUUUUUGGCAGAACUUUGAAUGCGAAGAAAGUACUAUUUUUCUAGACGCAAUUAUAUGUGAUUAAUGUAAAAAAUAAAAGAUAUUUUGUAAAUUUAAA